GGCAAUAUCGCGAGAAACAUCGAGAAAUCUCGAGAACAGUGACUUGCACAUGCGCUACAGCUGGGCUCCGGCAUGCGAAGGGUCGUGCAGAGAGAACUGUACAAAAAUCUUACAAUAUUUCCACAAGUUUCUCCCAUUUCCCCGCAUUCAAGGACCUGAUCACAAUGGAAGAAGGUAAAGAAGACGUUGCCUCAGCGGUAGAAGGAGGGACAGAAGAAGGGGGUUCGGAAGAAAGGAAGGUGAACCCAGCAGAAGAUGCCAAAAGUUUGGAUGAUUUUUUCGCCAAAAAAGACAAAUCAAAAGGGAAGAAGAAGAAAGGGAAAAUCAGCACAGACGUUCUGGCAAAGGAGCUAGAGGGCCCUGGCAAGAAAAAGGCAACAAAGAAGAAGAAAGAAAAGGGCGAGAAAGUGGACAAGGGGCCCAGUAAGGAAGGAUCGCCGGUGGAAGAGGAUGCUGACUGGAUACAAAUAGAAGAGCCUGGUGAGAAAGACUACAGUGGACUAAGGAUAGCAUCCCUCAACAUUAGUGAACAGAGGCAGGAAGAACAAGAGCCGUCUCCAGAGGAAGAGCAGGAAUACGACGAGGCCGGAGAGCCGCUGCCGCCGCGAGAAUCUGCACAGCAAGGACCCUGGAAAAUGCUCUCAGGAGGGGAGCAACCAAGCGCAGUAGCAGAAGCGCCGCCACCAGAGCCCAGCCCUGCCCCCGCCCCUGCUGCCGCGGGCGCUGCUCCCAGCAAGUACAUCCCGCCCAGCCUGCGUGCCGCCAUGGCCGCGCAGGAGUCCCGGGCCACGCCGAGCUGGUCGGGCAGGCAGCGAGGGUCCCGCGCCCCGCCCGAGAUCACCAGCGAACAACACUUCCCCUCCCUGGCCGCAUCUCUGCAGGACAAGCCUCCAGGCAUGGGACAGAGGAGAGCAGCAGAAGAAAACCGACAGUUCUCUACGGUGACACGAGGAGCGCGGGGCGUGGGCGGCCCGGAGAAGAACGCGCCCCUAGAGACACAGAACCCGUACGCCGCCCUCAGUAGACGAUAAUAAAACAGCAAUAAAUUUAGUUAGUCCGUAGGGCUCGAAACUAACCAUGCUCCGGUGGGGAAACUACAACAACUGGCAUUCUACUGGUCUGUCCUCGUAGUUUGGUCACUAUGUGGCUGCUGUUAUAUGGCUCCGGUCCUGAGGUGGUGCCAAAAACUGAGGGACCCUGCCAGUUGACCAGGUUUUGCUCUCCUGAAACUCUGAAGUUUACCUGUUCUCACGAGCAUGACUAGAGCCUAGUCUCAACAUGGCCCUUCUGCAGGCUGAAGAAUUGGCGUAGUUUGGUCAAAUACCCGGGUAGGGACAAUAUUUUGCCAGAUAAAGAAAAUUAAACUUCUAUAGUUGUGGCAAACUCCAGUAGCAAAAUAUUCUCCCUGUUUGGCCAAUUUCAACACUCUUUAAGCUUGCAGAAGGGCCUGGAGGUGACUAAACAGAGCCCACUUUUCAGUAUUUCCCCUAGAUCAAGCAGAUUGCCUGUAACUUCUGGAUAAACUGAUAAUACUCACAGGAACAUAUGGAUUGCUACUUCAAAUUUUCACGAAAUUUGCUACUUUAGAAGCUGGCAAAAUGCUUGAUGUAUACGUUAAUAGGCCAUUUAAUGGAAAGCGUUGCCUUGAAUACAAUUCCGAUAACAGGGACUGCCAAAUACCUGGGGAAACUCUGGGAUGUACACAAGCUUUGAUCAGAAAUGUUUAAAUAAACCAAAUAUUUGUCAUAACUUCAGCCGUAUGCUGGGUAGUUUUUGUCACUGUUCUUGAUUUUCUGGAAAUUAAACCCUACGUAUACAGCCCACCUUAUUUGAUCUUGUCAUACUUCUAGAGGAAUAAGGCAUUGGUAAAUACAAGUGAAAGAAUUUGAACUGAAAUACUCAAAUACUACAAGUACAUAUAUUAUGAUAUGAUGA